GACAGGGCUGUCCCGUGGCCCAGCACAGCAGAGGAGUGACCAGACCAACAUGUUGGGGACUCGCGCCUCCAACGACCGGCCCCCCGGCCCGGGCGGCGUCAAGCGGGGACGGCUGCAGCAGGAGGCGGCGGCCACGGGCUCCCGGGUGACCGUGGUGCUGGGCGCGCAGUGGGGGGACGAGGGCAAAGGCAAGGUGGUGGACCUGCUGGCCACGGACGCCGACAUCAUCAGCCGCUGCCAGGGGGGCAACAACGCUGGCCACACCGUGGUGGUGGACGGCAGGGAGUAUGACUUCCACCUGUUGCCCAGCGGCAUCAUCAACACCAAGGCCGUGUCCUUCAUCGGCAAUGGGGUGGUCGUCCACUUACCCGGCUUAUUUGAAGAAGCAGAAAAGAAUGAGAAGAAAGGUCUGAAGGACUGGGAGAAGAGGCUUGUCAUCUCCGACCGCGCCCACCUCGGUAAGCACACCCGGGCUGGUCCAGUCCCCAUAACCCUGUGUCUGUCUCUCGCUUGGGGACACUCACCUGGCCGCGCAGUGUUUGAUUUUCACCAGGCGGUCGACGGGCUGCAGGAAGUGCAACGGCAGGCCCAGGAGGGCAAGAAUAUCGGCACCACCAGGAAGGGGAUCGGACCGGCUUACUCUUCCAAAGCUGCGCGCACGGGCCUCCGCGUCUGCGACCUCCUGUCGGACUUUGAUGAAUUUUCCGCCAGAUUCAAGAACCUGGCCCGCCAGCACCAGUCCAUGUUCCCCAGCCUGGAAGUGGACGUCGAGGGGCAACUCAAAAGGCUCAAGGGCUUUGCUGAGCGGAUCCGACCCAUGGUCCGAGACGGCGUCUACUUUAUGUACGAGGCGCUCCACGGCACCCCAAAAAAAAUCCUCGUGGAAGGUGCCAAUGCAGCCCUCCUUGAUAUUGACUUUGGGACCUACCCCUUUGUGACGUCAUCCAACUGCACAGUGGGCGGCGUGUGCACGGGCCUGGGCAUCCCCCCGCAGAACAUAGGCGAGGUCUACGGCGUGGUGAAGGCCUACACCACACGCGUGGGCAUCGGCGCCUUUCCCACCGAGCAGAUCAAUGAAAUCGGAGACCUGCUACAGAGCCGUGGCCACGAGUGGGGGGUGACCACAGGCAGGAAGAGGCGGUGCGGCUGGCUGGACCUGAUGAUUCUCAGAUAUGCUCACAUGGUCAACGGCUUUACCGCGCUGGCCUUAACGAAACUGGACAUCCUGGAUGCCCUGGACGAGGUGAAAGUCGGCGUCUCAUACAAGCUGAACGGGAAGAGGAUCCCCUAUUUCCCAGCGAACCAGGAGAUACUGCAGAAGGUUGAGGUUGAAUACGAAACGCUGCCUGGGUGGAAGGCGGACACCGCGGGCGCCAGGAAGUGGGAGGACCUCCCCCCGCAGGCCCAGAACUAUGUCCGGUUCGUGGAGAAUCACGUCGGAGUGGCAGUGAAAUGGGUUGGGGUCGGCAAAUCAAGAGAUUCGAUGAUCCAGCUCUUUUAGAUGGAGAGCGCUGAGCCCGCGGAGCGCAGCGGCCCCGUCCCUCAUCGGCAGCCGCAGAGUCACCGCCCGAAACGCAGAAGUAGGAAAACUAGUUUCUGUACUUUUAUAUAUCUCUCCAAGCCUUCAGCUCAGCCACCGAUUUCUACAGUGAUCCAAACAUCUGACGGCCAGCGUUGUGUAUGUUUGUUUUUUUUUUAAAUCCUGCUACUGAAAAUGAGCCAAAGUACUCAAAACAGAGAACUUUUAUGGCACAUUAAUUGUCACAUGGUUGUAUGGCUGGCUGGAGCCGUUAGUAAUAAACAUACGCAGUAGCCACUGAGUAGUGGUGAUCGGUC